AUGCGGCCUCAGCCGCGGGGGACAGAGGAGCACAGGGAAGGAGGGGGCAGCGGCCUCCGCAGCAGCGACGCUCGGAGGGUCGCCGAGGCGGAGACCAGCCCCAGGGGUGGCCAGGCGGCUCCCCAGCUUCGGCGCCUUUGGGGACAGACGCACCGGGCGGCAGAGGCGCGCGACGACCCGGUGCUGCGGCGCCUCGAGUACUUCUGCAUCGCCUGGUUCAGCUUCGAGGUGUCGUCGCGCCUCCUGUUGGCGCCCAGCCCGCGGAACUUCUUCUGCCACCCACUCAACGUCAUCGACAUCGUGUCGGUGCUGCCUUUCUAUCUCACGCUGGUGGCCGGCGCGGCGCUCGGCGACCAGGGCGGUUCGGGCGGCGAGGAGCUCGGCGACCUGGGCAAGGUGGUGCAGGUGUUCCGCCUCAUGCGCAUCUUCCGCGUGCUCAAGCUGGCGCGCCACUCCACGGGGCUGCGCUCCCUGGGCGCCACGCUCAAGCACAGCUACCGUGAGGUGGGCAUCUUGCUGCUGUACCUGGCUGUGGGCGUGUCAGUGUUCUCCGGUGUGGCCUACACGGCUGAGAAGGAGGAAGACGUCGGCUUUGACACCAUCCCGGCCUGCUGGUGGUGGGGCACCGUGAGCAUGACCACUGUGGGCUACGGGGACGUGGUGCCGGUGACGGUGGCUGGCAAGCUGGCAGCUUCGGGCUGCAUCCUAGGGGGCAUCCUGGUGGUGGCCCUCCCCAUCACCAUCAUCUUCAAUAAGUUCUCUCAUUUCUACCGGCGCCAGAAGGCUCUGGAAGCAGCCGUGCGCAACAGCGGCCACCGGGAAUUUGAAGACUUGCUGAGCAGCGUUGAUGGGGUGUCGGAGGGGUCUCUGGAGACAUCUCGGGAGACCUCCCAGGAGGGAAGGUCUGCAGACCUGGAGGCCCAGGCCCCCAGUGGGCCUCCAAACUCUCAGAUUUAUUAAAACCAGGGCUCCAUGUCCCCCUUCGCACGCCCUUACAGU